AAAAAAAAAAAGACACUGGGCCUGGGGGAACUCAUCUGUGUCUUGAUCAACAUACAGAAAUCCAGAGGGCUCCUGAUACUCUGGUUCCUCUUACUUAGUUGGAAAGGUGCUUACCCUUUCCAAUCAAAUACUGACUUCUGCACUAAUCCAAAGGGUUUCUUUCUGAAGCUGUAAACUGAGAACAGAAGUAUUGCCUUGAGUGAGAGAAGUCCAAGAAGCAGUAGGUUUCAUUUUUCGUCAGCCUGCCUGGCCUUUACUUGCCAACACUUGGGAGUGUUGACAGUCCUAAGCCCUCUUGGCAGAGAAGAAGGGUUAGAAAGAGAAAAGCCUUAGGCAGGGGGAGAGAUCCCUCUUUGCCUCGUUAGGAGAAUUUAGUCUUGUCUGGUCUGGUUGGCAGGGCACACUUAAUCAUUGACACCCAGCAUUUCAGCAGUUUGCAAAGGAAAGUGAUAUGAAGGGACAGCUGCAAGUAAGUCACAACCUAGAUCUGAAGAGGUCAAGCACUCACUCCACUUGAAGGAAAGAGAGAAGGAAGGAAGCCGAGGACUUAGCAGGGUCUAUACCAACUGUUACCUGCUUCGUGAAGAAGGCUACUGAAGAGAUUCCCAACCACUGAAGAAAUUCUCACCCACUGAACAGAUUCUCUUCUUCUGAUCUCCCGUUAGUGCUUUAGUUGCACUUCUCUGUCUCCAGGUAUCACUGGACAGGCCAUGGCUCCACGGUCCCAGCGACGGAGGCACAAGAAACCUCCCUCAUUAGUGGCUCCUGGCAUCAAGGCCCCACCCACAAUUGUGACCCCUGUGCCUCUGACCCCCUUAAACACUGGCCCUAGCAUUGACACACUUGGCUUCUUCUCCUUGGAUAAUAAUGUUCCUGGCCUAUCCCAGCUGAUUCUUCAAAAGCUGAACAUGAAAAGCUAUGAAGAAUACAAGUUGGUGGUAGAUGGGGGUACCCCUGUAUCAGGCUUUGGAUUUCGAUGUCCUCAAGAAAUGUUCCAGAGGAUGGAGGACACAUUUCGAUUCUGUGCUCACUGUAGAGCACUCCCUAAUGGCCUUUCAGACUCCAAGGUUCUCCGGCACUGUAAGAGGUGCAGAAAUGUCUAUUACUGUGGUCCAGAGUGCCAGAGGUCAGACUGGCCCGCACACAGGAGGGUUUGUCAAGAGCUUCAUCUUGUGGCUGUGGACCGUCUCAUGGAAUGGCUUCUGGUCACAGGUGAUUUUGUCCUACCCUCAGGACCUUGGCAUUGGCCACCUGAAGCUGUACAGGAUUGGGACUCCUGGUUUUCUAUGAAGGGAUUACAUUUAGAUGCUACACUGGAUGCUGUGCUAGUUAGUCCUGCCAUGACCACCUUAUGGGCCAGUGUAGGACGGCCAAGGCCAGACCCAGAUGUCCUGCAGGGAUCUUUGAAGCGGCUGCUGACAGAUGUCCUGUCACGGCCCUUGACUCUAGGCCUAGGACUUAGGGCCUUAGGGAUAGACGUUAGGAGGAUUGGGGGAAGCACAGUGCAUGUGGUUGGUGCUUCCCAUGUGGAGACAUUUCUCACUCGCCCUGGGGACUAUGAUGAGCUUGGCUACAUGUUUCCUGGGCACCUUGGACUCCGUGUGGUCAUGGUGGGUGUAGACGUGGCUGCUGGCUUUUCACAGAGCACCUCAACUUCACCCCUGGAACCUGGCACAAUUCACCUUAGUGCCCACAGGGGCCUCUACCAUGACUUCUGGGAGGAGCAGGUAGAGACUGGGCAGACAGACCAUCCAGAUUUGGUGGUGGCUUUCCAUCCAGGUUUUCAUUCCUCCCCAGACUUGAUGGAGGCUUGGCUCCCUACCCUGCUGCUACUUCGUGACUAUAAGAUUCCUGCAUUGAUUACUGUUUACAGCCAUCAGGAGUUGGUAUCCUCUUUGCAGAUUCUGGUGGAACUGGAUACACACAUCACUGCCUAUGGGGCUAAUCCUUUCAUGUCCCUCAAACCCGAACAGGUCUAUUCCAACCCCAACAAGCAGCCAGUAUACUGCAGUGCCUACUAUAUCAUGUUUCUUGGAAGCUCCUGUCAGCUGGGUAAUAGCCAAUUAGAAGAGAAAGUGGAUGAUGGGAUUUAAAUAGAUUAUGACUGGACAUCUGGAAAAUGGGGAGGUUGUGAUAAAAUUACCCUGAUAAUGCCAGGUUCUUGCCAACUUUGAAAAACACUAUAUUCUAAACCUCAUUCACUGUGUGGGUAAAGAUUCUAAGCUGAAUGAGGGUUCCUGUAUAAUGUAACUGGUUUCUUUCUUUUUUGAGACAGUCUUGCUGUGUUGCUCAGGCUGGAGUGUAAUGGCAUGAUCUCGGCUCACUGGCUCACUGUAACCUCUGCCUCCCAGGUUCAAGUGGUUCUCCUGCCUUAGCCUCUUGAGUAGCUGGGAUUACAGGUGCAUGCCACCACACCUGGCUAAUUUUUG